UGCUGUAUUUACGGUAGCUCAAUUUGCGAUGGGAGGGAUCAGAGGGCCCCAUACAGCUUUCAUUGUCACUACAGCUCUCCUCACUCACAAGGGUAUCUGUGCCGCUCAGCAGCCUAAACCUCCAGAAGCCGCUGCCGUGUCCCCCCCCUUGUACCCUCUCCGCAGACAAAAAGCUGGAAUAACUGCCCCACCCCACCAGGUCUGAGCAGACUCUCGGCCCUCCUCCGUUUCACCCAUCAGUGAAAGCAGCUCUUCAAGUCCGGUGACCCAUCCCCUCCCCGGUGUCCCAGCAGGCAGGCAUGGCAGACGGUCGGCAGCCAGACGAGCACUGGGCCUCCAACGGCCAAGAGAACGGCGAGAAUGGCUACUCCGCCUACAGCUCUGGCUACAGGGAGAAUGGAUACCACGGUGGCGCGGCUGCACAUCCUGGAACGACAGUGGAUGACUCAGCCAAUUUGCCUCCCUCCCCUCCCCCCUCACCAUCCGCUGAGCAGAUUGGGCCCGUGGCACAAGAAGAUAAAAUAGAGGUUCUCAGUCAACAGCAAGAUGAGGAGGAGGCUCCAGAGGGGCCCAGCCGUUACCAAGAGGAAGUGACAUAUGAGCAGCCAGGAGACUUGCUCUUAAAGCAGGCAGAUUAUUUAACAGAGCCCCAGGCUUUGGGCUGCCAGCAAGCCCAGACACCUGAGGUCCUCAAUGGAGGAAGUCAUCAAGGUGAACACAGCCCGUCACAAAAAGCCCAGCUGGAAGAAUGUAUCAGUAAGGCAUCUUGUGAGUCCGCUAUGAAAGAAGAUGAACCUCAAGCGCCGUCGCUACAUGGAAAGCAGGUGGCUGUUGAAAGAGCAACAGCUGAAGGAGCAGAACUCGCCCCGACCGAACCUCCUCCUCCCGCUGUGAAAGAUAAAGAUCGCUCUGACACCUCCUCAGUUGAGCUGGGUAACCAAGACAGAAAGGAUGUAGUAGAAGAGUCUGUCGACAGCCACCUGCUUGUAGAGUCCAAAGCAAAAGAGGUGAAACAGUCUGCACAGGCAGAAGAGUCCUCAAAGGCUACGACAGAAGAAAAAGAGGGAACUGUCCCACCGAGCCAAUCAGAAGCCCCUAUGAGUGAAAGCAAGGGAAAAGUGGGGACGAUUGCGGAGAUAAAUAAGGCAGAUCAAGACAGUGGCGGUGACAUUAGGUUGCAUGAGACGCCACCGACUGGUAUUCAAAAAGUCGACCAAAGACAAGAAACAGUCAAAUCAAGUCCAGACCCUGCUACAGAGUUGAAAUCCACAUCGGAAACUUUUGUUCAACACGAGCCAGGAGCAACAACCUACUUUGAGACAUCCUCAAAAAGCCAUGAAGAAGAGUCAACGCAACCUCAGAGUUAUUAUGAACUCAGCACAGCAUCAGAGACAAAGUUAAGUGGGGAAACUGAAAGCAUUGCGCAGAAGCUAGAGGAACAACAGGAGAAGAAAGUCAAAACAUGUCCUGGUAAGAUGUCAUUAGAACAGAGAAGCCUCUCCUUGAACAUCACUGUUGGAUCCUCAGUGGGACAGACAGUGAAGAAAGAGACGUCAAGGACCUUCUUGGACAGCUUGGGUCCAAUCAGUGGAAGUUUUGAUGAAUCUGAGGUUUACCCUUCAACACCAUCCGUGGAGAGCCAUAAACCCACGUUUCCUCCAGCUGUCUCAAUUACCCCAACUUCCACUGAAUCAACUGAGGAUAUUCCUACCAAAGAAGAUACGCCUCAACCUUCUGACAAGCACAGUUUUGAGCAAACAAGCAACCUCUCUGAGAUGUUGGACUUGGCUGGAUCCCUGCCACAGCCAUCACUAGAGAGGAGGGAGGUUGACCACAUGAGACGAAAGUCAGUGCCCGCUGAUGUAUCAGCUCUGGUGGGGAGUUCUUUGGCCAAGCUCGCCUUGGGAGAUCAGACCUCCAGGGUGGUGGGUGGGGAAAGACAGCUGGAAGAAAUGGGCUACUGUGUUUUCAGUGAGUACUCAGGGCCCAUGCCUUCUCCUGCUGAUGUACCCAGUCCUGGGGAGUCUCCCCACCAGCACUUCCCUUCUAUGGAGGGUGAAGUUGAGGAAGAGCUUGGGGCCACAGAAGUUGACGAUGUUCACAAGGGAAUCCAACAACCAGAUGAGAGAGGAACUGUACCUGACAUAUCUCAAAAAACAAUAACUGAGAAGAAAGAUGCACCAGUAAAGACUACCCUGAUUCUUGAAAGAGCUGUGACAAGUGGAGUAAAACCUGAUCGGCUAAGAAUCCCAAUCACUUCUUCAAAAGACAGACUGACUGAGUUUCGUUUGGAGAGUGGCCUGCCUGGUGACAUAAAGAUCCAAGCAAUCCCUGAAGUGGACAUUGAAAAAGACCCCUCCCGAGAGGCUUCUCCCAUCCCACCAGACAAUUCCUUUACUUUCACUCAUACGGAAACUGGAAUCAAGGCUCCCCCAACUCCCACCACCCCCAAGUCCCCAGAUGAUACACCCUCAGAAAGCCAAGACACUGGAGAGAAAGCUGGGGAAGAUGUCUCACCAGAGGUCAAAGCAGAGAAAGAUGUGAAGUGUGACAGCACUGAUGAUAAACAGCCAGGGUUAGACAAAGAAAUGCUGACACCUGAACAGAAAGAAUCAGAAAAAAGUGGAGAACCAGAAUUGGCCAAAACAGACAUACCCUCAGCAUCAUCUCAGUCUUUAGGAGAGAGCACAGAAAUAGAUGACAAGAAUAUUCAAAGUGACCAUGGGAGACCUGAAAAAUUAGAAGGAAUAGAAAAAUAUGAGACCUCAAAAGCUGUUCAGGAUUUAAGCACUGAAAAGCCCUUAGAUGAGAAAGGUGCCCAAAUCGAGUUACCGGAGGUGACUGUGGAAAAGGGUUCACCAAAGCCACACAUAUCCUCCCCAAUCAUCAUUAUACCUCAAGCACAAGUAGAAGAAGAAGUGGAUGAUGAGGAUGAUAUUGAGAUCGCUGAAGAGCCUCAAGAGAUGAUGGAGGAAGUGGAAGAGCCUGUUCUCCCCAAGACGGAUCAAGCUGAGGUUGGAAAGGAAGAGCCAAAGAAAGUGGAGGUGAGGCUGAUGGUAGGUGAUCAGGUGUUGGAAGAAGAUCCCAAGUCUGGAGCAGAGGAAUGGAGCCAUAGUGCCCAAAACAGUGACGAUGGGGAACCUGCGACAGACAGUUCACACUUGUCUCCAUGCUCUGACCAGGACCCACCACAGCCAACGGAGGAUGGAAGUAGAGAUCAAGGGAUGGGGGAGGAUAAACUAGCAGAAGACCCACAAAUAAAUAGAGAACAAGCUGAGAAACAAGGGGAUGAGGAGGUAAAGAAAGACCAAACAGGAGAGGAGGAAGUGAGGGAAGUUGGUACUGAUGAGAUACAUGAAAAAAAAGAGGAGAAAAUGAUGGAAGAAGAAGUUGAGGGGAAGAAUAGGAUGGUUGAGGAGGAGGAGCAGAAAGACAUCGAGAUUGGUCAGGAGGUGGAAGAGACUUCUGAUGUGCUCUGCCAGACCAGUCAGACAGCUAACGAUGAAACCACCAUGGACGUCUCCAUCCUAGAUACAGAGAGUGGCUGUAUGGACUCAAAAGAUGAUGACAAAAGUAUUAUGACUGAGCAAAUCGAAGCCCUUCCUCACACCCAGAGUCCAACCAGUACACCUGUGGUGGUGGACAGACCCGCUAAACGGGCCCCUGGCAGAGGAAGGGGCAACUCUGGCACUACUGAGAGCAAACUGUCCCGCAAAGUACCCAGCCACCAUCCAAGAGAGGAGAUGAAGAAGAAAAAAGUAGGCAUGAGGAGGGCUGACCAGAAUAAGGUGUCAGCCCUCCAAAGUCGUUCUCCAUCUCGAAAGAGUGUAGCCAAAGCGGCGGCCAGACAUCCUAGGCCUGCUCUGCUUCACGGCUCUGCUAGACGCAAGGCCACAGGGAUGGAAAUCCAUCAGCCCCUCAGUGUGGCCCACCAGUCCAGGGAGAGGACCACUGAGAGAGCAUACCGCAGCCCAGAGAAGAGGUCAUCCCUCCCCAGGCCAGCCAAAUCUCUGACUCGCCACAUCCCUGCUGCUGAGCAAGAAGACAGCACCCCCACCAGGCCAACCUCGUUCCGUACCGAGUCCAGAGCGGACAGCAGGUCUGGAAGAGCUGCUAGUAUGGCAGGUACAGACUCGGCACGUUCUCGAUCAGUGCGCAGCGGCGCCUCCACCCCUGGCUCCUCUGCCGUCACGCCCGGCACGCCCCCCAGCUACUCUUGCCGCACCCCGGGCUCGCGCACCCCCGGCAGCCACACGCCCAAGUCGUUCAGCGUCCUCCAGGAGAAGAAGGUGGCGGUGAUCCGAACCCCGCCCAAGUCUCCAUCCUCCGCCCAGCGGCAGCUGAAGGUUCUCAAUCAGCCCCUGCCUGACCUGAAGAAUGUAAAGUCCAAGAUUGGCUCCACCUCCAAUCUCAAACAUCAGCCGAAAGGCGGGCAGGUCAUGAUUCCAAGUGUUAAACUGGAUUUUAGCCACGUUCAGUCUAAAUGUGGCUCCCUGGACAAACUCCAGCACACAGCAGGCGGGGGAAACUGCUGCCCACAGAUCCAAAUCCAAACCAAGAAGAUCGACUUGAGCCACGUCACUGCCAAGUGCGGCUCUAUGUCCAACAUCCACCACAAGCCAGGGGGAGGCCACGUGCGUAUUGAGAAUCAGAAGCUGGACUUUAAAGAAAAGGCCCAUGCCAAGGUCGGCUCCCUGGACAACACCGCCCACAUUCCUGGAGGGGGCAAUGUUAUGAUUGAGAGCCACAAGCUGAGCUUCCGGGAAUCAGCCAAAGCCCGAGUGGACCACGGCGCUGAAAUCGUCGUCACCCACUCCCCCGGGGUCGAGACAGGAGGCACUUCCCCUCGCCUGUCCUCCGCCGGCAGCAUCAAUCUCCUGGAGUCACCACAGCUCUCCACGCUGGCCCAGGAUGUCACCGCCGCUCUGGCCAAGCAGGGCUUAUGAGCCGGCUGCCUCCGCUUCGGAGACCCCUCCGAAAAAGAAAGAAAAAAAAAAAAUCCACACCAUUACUCCUCUUCCCAUCGGUCUCAUUCACUGAUAAGCAUCCAGUGUUCUCCCAUGGUUCCUCACUGCAACAUGACCCCCCCCCGCCCCCCCCCCCCCCCCCCACACACACACACACACACACACACUUGACCCCAUAGGUUCUGCUGUUGUAGUUGAUUGACUGUCUUGUCCAUCAACACCCCUUCCACCCUUUCCCGUGGGAUUUUAAAAAACUGAAUUCUAAGAUUAUCCGUCAUUCACCCCCUUUAAAAGGGACACGCCCAGUCAAUCUUAAUUUUGUUUUUCCAUUCAUUUUUGUUCACUCGAAAUAUGGACUUUUCUGUUUUGUUUCAGAUAGGCCUAAUACGAAGGUUUGACUGGAUGUGUUUGUCUAAGAACGCGUUGAUGGUUUUAUGAUUGUACAGUGAUAUUUUUAGCGUGAAAAGCAUCACUACAUUCCACUUGUAUGGGGAUAAACUUUAAGGUGAACUCAUGCAUAACGUCCAUUCAGAAUUUAUAUGGUACUGAAUGCAAGAUAUAGCUACUAGAUACUAGACGGUAGUCUUAAAGAUACAUCUGUGUGUGAGAGACAUAACUUAAAGAAACAUGGCGUGUAACUGUACCUGCAAAAGAAUGGUUGAUGAGCAUGUCUGAUAAAAUGUGACAUUUUAAGUCAAACAACAUGAAUUUUUGUUUGUUCGUUGGUUGGAUUUUAAACUUAUGAUUUUCCUGAUAUGUGCUGAAUUGUUGGACAAAUUGUGUUCUCUUGCUAUGUUUUCUUUUUAUAUAUGUCACUGUAGUGGAAGUUGUUCCAGUUUUGUAUGUUCCCUGUGGCUGCACUGGCUUAUUAGCACUUAAAUGUUGAUAACCAUUGCAGUUAUGUUGAGUCAAGUGCUAAAAGGCUAGCUUUCCAAUAGAUUUCUCUUCUGUUCUCUUUUCUUCAAACCAAUGGGCUGCUCUUUGUUUGGUUUUACAUUAGCGCUGUGGUUUUAUUAGGCUACAUCAACGCUGUUAUGCUGGCAUGGCAAAUGAAUUAUAAAUAAAUUAGAUCUAUUUGGAGAAAUCUUAAACUUGUCAGUGCGAGUGUAAAUGGCCAGGGUGCAUCCUAGUGUCUAAACUUCAAGGUCAGAUCCCUAAAAAGCCUCUCACGCUCCUGUGACUUUUCUCCUUUUGGCAGAGAGGGGGUCGUACAACGUAUCUGAAUGGACAAAGGGCCCGAAGUUUGUUUUAAAAAAAAAAAAAGAAAAAAGAAGAAGAAGUGGAAAGUAAGAAGCUUUAUAUGAAAACAUUCCAUUUGAAAGAGCAGCUACUUGGCCCUUUUGUGCGAUUGAACCGGUAACUUUAGAGGAAAUGAAAGAAGAAACUGAAAAAGACCCUCAACUUGCAGCUGUUAGGAUUCAUUAAAAAAAAAAGAGUAAAAAACAGAACAGUUCUAACAUAUUCUCUGCUCACCAUUGUGAAAUUACUCUACCCCCCACCCUCACCCCCCCUCUCUUCUUCUCCUCCCCAAUGUCAGCUGCCCCUCCAGUGUUCUUCUGUGCUUCCUAUAUUCUUGCUCCCGUGCUCCCCAGCCCCUCUUUGCCUGUGUAAGUGUAUUUAAAAGACCAUGUAGAUGUGUGCACACUCUCCAAUGUUUGAGACGUACUGAUGACAAAUGCUCCUACAGGAUGAUGAUGACAACAGAAAUAAAGAAAAUAAAAAGUG